GAUCGCCGCGCGCGCGAUAAGGGUAAGUUCGUCGCGCGCGCGUCGGACGACGCGCGCGCGGCGAUUUUCCGUGCGCGCGACGCGCGUUUCGCGCGUAGCGGCGCGCGCGGCGCGCGCUUCGACCGCGAAGCGCUCGAUGCGCGCGCGCGCUCGAGCGAGGUUGCGUCUUCGCGACGCGCGCGACGAUGCCUCGCGCGCGUCGCGCGCCGUCGCGCGCCGAACCGGCGCGCGACGCGAGCGCGAACGGCGUCCCGCCGACGCGCACUGCGCUGUUUGCGCCCACCGUGGAGACCGGCGACCGCUUCCGCGUCGACGCGAGCGUGCGAACGCACACCGCUGAAGGCGGGCGAGCGUGGACCCCGUACUCGCCGGGGCGCGACGACGCGCCGUGCGUGGUCGGGUUCGGCGUCGUUCAAGCGGACUCUCGCAUCGCAUCCGAAUACGACGAAGAAUUGCGCAAAGCGCGCAAGUUGCGGCGAAAGCUCGGCCUAGAGCUCGUGAUGGAUGUGCGCUACGCCCGAAAUCGCGGGACGGUGCAGACGACCAUGUCCGUGGAGACGUUCAUCGAUGGCGCGGGCGCCGCCGGGACGAUCUUCGGGACUCGAAGUCAAAGAUUCAGAUUCGUCGAAAACGCGAUUCGACGGCGAUACCCGCGGCGCGCGCGCGCGCAAGACGACGACGACGGCCCUCCGUGCGACGCGGACGCCGCCGUCGCGUGGCUGCUCCGACAACCGCACGAUUCGCGAGACAGUAUCCUCGUCGAAUUCGAUCGCGAUACCGUGCGCAAGCCUUCGUUUCCGUAUCGCGUGGUGUACGAGAGCGAGUCCGGCGACGAAGGCGCGUUCGGAUGCGCGCUCACGGAAGCUGAGUUCGCCGACUGGUUAGGCGGUUGGCGUCCGCCGCCGGCCGCGAAUCUCGACGAAUUCUUCGCGAUCCUGCGGACGAUGAACGUCGAUUUGAGCGGCAUCGAUACCGUCAGGACGCGGUGGCUAUGUUUUGAAAUUGGCAGUGGAUGGGCGAACGUGUCCCUGGCUUUAGCGGAAACGCUCGGCGACGACGUAUUGUGCAUCGCGAUGGACCCGAAGGAAGGGCUGGAAUCGACACGCGCGAAGAACCACCCGCGCGUGCUCAUUCUUAACGAAGACGUGUGGGAUGCCCAAUUCUUCAUGGACGUCAGAAGAGCCACCGCUGGGCGCGUGCUUCACGCGCACGCGUCGCCGCUGUGUAAGUAUUACUCCACGGAGCAGCGCCCGAGGCGAAAAAAUCUACGCGACCGCGGAUUGCAGCACGUGAUUGAUGAAGAGCUGCUGCACGCAGACUCCAUGGUGACUGUGGAAGUCGACACGUUACGACUGCUAAAUCCGCUUAGCAUCAGCGUGGAGAACCCGCACAACGACGCGGAUGGCAUCGGCUCGCGAUGCGAUCUCUUGUCCGACGUGUACGCAAUGCUCGACUUCCUCGUGAGGUGGAGCGUGAGCUACUGCCACUUCACAAAGGGCGAGAUACGGAAGCACACCGACCUGUACGUCACCCGCAAUCUGUACGACGUCAUGAAAGAGGCGAAAUGGAAGGGCCUGUGCACGUCGAGGUCGCCGUGCGCGUACCGUCGCCGAUCGGGGGCGAGGCAGCACAAGUCUGGCGUUCAAAACCAAAAGGGAUCGGCGAAAAAAGGGAGAAUCCCUUUAGCGCUCGCUCGCGACCUCGCCAAGCACGUCGGCGUUCUCAAGACGGGCGUCGCGCGUUGAGUUUCUACCCGUCAACCCGUGUACGUCGCAAAGCGACCGUUCGAAUCCAGCGAGCCUCUCCGUAAGGUAUAGCACACGCAUGUUCACCCAGAGACACCCAGUGGCAAAAUGGAAUUGUUGAAGAGAAUGUCAAUGGAUUGCGAGAGAAUGCUACAAGAGUGCCGCGGCGUUGGCGCAACCCGAGAAGAGGAAUCGUCGUCGAGCGUGGUGGUGAUGUGCUUAAAUAAGAUAUCAAUCGCGCUCGAAAGCUUAAAUAAGAUAUCAAUCGCGCUCGAAAGCUUAAAUAAGAUAUCAAUCGCGCUCG